AUGAAUAGUGAUCAAGUUACACUGGUUGGUCAAGUGUUUGAAUCCUAUGUUUCGGAAUACCAUAAGAAUGAUAUUCUUCUAAUCUUGAAGGAAAGAGAUGAAGAUGCUCAUUACCCAGUUGUGGUUAAUGCCAUGACCCUUUUUGAGACCAACAUGGAAAUUGGGGAGUAUUUCAACACAUUCCCCAAUGAAGUACUAACAAUUUUUGAUAGUGCUCUGCGAAGAUCAGCCUUGACAAUUCUCCAGUCCCUUUCUCAGCCUGAGGGUGCCUCUAUGAAGCAGAAUCUUCAUGCCAGGAUAUCAGGGUUGCCCGUUUGUCCUGAGCUGGUGAGGGAGCACAUCCCUAAAACCAAGGAUGUGGGACACUUUUUAUCUGUCACUGGGACAGUGAUUCGAACAAGUGUGGUGAAGAUCCUGGAGUUUGAGCGGGAUUACAUGUGUAACAAAUGCAAGCAUGUAUUUGUGGUCAAGGCUGACUUUGAGCUGUACUAUACCUUCUGCCGGCCGUCCUCCUGUCCCAGCUCGGAAAGCUGUGAUUCUUCAAAAUUCACUUGCCUCUCAGGCUUAUCUUCAUCUCCAACCAAGUGUAGAGAUUAUCAGGAAAUCAAAAUUCAAGAGCAGGUUCAAAGGCUAUCUGUUGGAAGUAUUCCACGAUCUAUGAAGGUUAUCCUGGAAGAUGACCUAGUAGACAGUUGUAAAUCUGGCGAUGACCUCACUAUUUAUGGAGUCGUAAUGCAACGGUGGAAGCCCUUCCAGCAAGAUGUACGCUGUGAAGUGGAGAUAGUCCUGAAAGCCAAUUAUGUCCAAGUAAAUAAUGAGCAGUCUACAGGGAUCAUCAUGGAUGAGGAGGUCCAAAAGGAAUUUGAAGAUUUUUGGGAAUCCUAUAAGAGUGAUCCCUUUGCAGGAAGGAAUGAAAUAUUGGCCAGCUUGUGCCCUCAAGUUUUUGGGAUGUAUCUAGUGAAGCUUGCUGUGGCCAUGGUGCUGGCUGGUGGGAUUCAAAGGACUGAUGCUACAGGAACACGGGUCAGAGGUGAAUCUCAUCUUUUAUUGGUUGGGGAUCCUGGCACAGGGAAAUCUCAAUUCCUCAAGUAUGCAGCAAAGAUUACACCGAGAUCUGUGCUCACAACAGGGAUUGGAUCUACUAGUGCAGGUCUGACGGUAACUGCUGUGAAAGACUCAGGAGAAUGGAAUUUGGAGGCUGGAGCAUUAGUACUUGCAGAUGCGGGCCUUUGCUGUAUCGAUGAGUUUAACAGUCUCAAAGAGCAUGAUAGAACCAGUAUCCAUGAGGCAAUGGAGCAACAAACCAUAAGUGUUGCUAAGGCUGGCCUCGUGUGCAAGCUGAACACAAGGACCACCAUUCUGGCAGCAACUAACCCCAAAGGCCAGUAUGACCCCCACGAGUCCGUGUCCGUGAACAUUGCCCUUGGCAGUCCACUCUUAAGUCGAUUUGAUCUGAUCCUGGUUUUGCUUGAUACCAAGAAUGAAGACUGGGAUCGUAUAAUUUCCUCCUUUAUCUUAGAAAACAAAGGUUACCCAAGCAAAUCAGAAAAGCUCUGGAGCAUGGAAAAGAUGAAAACCUAUUUCUGCCUGAUUCGAAAUCUACAGCCCACACUGUCUGACGUGGGUAAUCAGGUUCUUCUCCGGUACUACCAGAUGCAGAGGCAGAGUGAUUCCCGGAACGCUGCCCGGACCACCAUCCGCCUGCUGGAAAGCUUGAUCCGAUUGGCAGAAGCUCAUGCUCGCCUGAUGUUUCGUGACACUGUGACUCUGGAAGAUGCUAUUACAGCAGUGUCAGUAAUGGAAUCCUCGAUGCAGGGAGGUGCACUGCUAGGAGGUGUGAAUGCACUUCACACUUCCUUUCCUGAAAACCCUCUGCAGCAGUACCAGAGGCAGUGUGAACUCAUUCUGGAAAAGCUGGAGCUGCACAACCUCUUGAGUGAAGAGUUAAGAAGACUUGAAAGGUUACAGAAUCAGAGUGCGUACCAAUCCCAGCCCCAGGCAGUGGAGGCAGAGACUAACCCAGGAUCCUUGAAAAAUGAUCCAGGAGAAGAAUGCGAGUCCAGAAUCUGGUCAGCACGGCAGGAAGUGAACUGUAGUACGCUGACGUCCUCUGCUGGAGGCAGUCCUGAGGGAAGCCCACUUCCCAGUCCCCUCUCCCCCCUGGGGCCUAAUACAUCAACAAAUAGAAAACAUUUACCUGAGCACAAAUACAGCAAAGAUGAGAGUUUGGACUGGUUUGACUGCAUAGGAGCUCAUCAGAUUGAGCCCAAAAACACUGUUCCUGUGUCUCCCAAAACAACUGGGGAGAAAAUGGCUUUGAAAAUCUUCCGGAACAAAUCUCAGGGUAAGGAAAGGAAUGAGCCAGGCCAAAGGAGCAAAUUGGAAACUGGACAGCUUCUAGCACCAGGAGAGGCAGAAGCUCCAUCAAGGCCAGAUAAUGUGGAAGGUAAAGAGGCAAAAAAGGCAGCAAUGGUUUCUGAAAUGGCAGUGCCUGCCGGUGAGCCAGACUCAGUACUGAUGCAUCACGUCUCCAGGAAACUGCACACGCUGCACAAGGCGAGGGCCCAGGAGCUGUACAGGAAUCCCUCUAGGGCGCCUUCACGGCCCACAGGCUCUCCUCAUCCUCGCUCUGGUCCUGUACACAGCCCACAGGGAGCGUGGGAAACUCCCAAAAGAACGAGGCAGAAAUCCCUUGCUCAGAGGGAAGAGCCUGAACUUGAAUAUGCUGAGAGUCCAGGUCCCCCGUUGGCCAAACUAGCAAAAUUUACUUUCAAACCAAAGUCAAAACUGAUCCAUUCCCCUGAAGACCACAGUCAUGUGUCUCUAGGCACAACUGAAGUAGCCGUCCCAGGUCCUGAAACUCCCCACGUUGCAAGCAGAGACUCAACCUCGCCUGUGAAGGGUCCCCAGAAGUUGGCCUCUCCCUCAGGAAGCAGGAACUCAAACCAGCCACAGAGUGAGGCAAAGCAGGUGUCCCGGAAGCCACCGGAGGAAGACAGGUCAAGAGAGGAGAGCAAACAUGUCCCUGAAAGGAGAACCAUCCAGCCUGAAGUAGAGCUUGGGAACAAGACUGAUCAUUCUCAUCUUACUUGUCAAAGAGACAGAAAGGAAGAGGUCUCAAGCAGUAACAAAAGCAGCAAGGUUCACUCCUGCACAUUAGCCAAAUUGGCAAACUUCUCCUUUACUUGCCCCUCUGAAUCCAAACCAGAAUCCCUUCCUCCUCCUGAAAGUGUGAACCAGGGAGAGAGAGGCCCAAGCCCUCCUCCCGGGACUGCAGCUCCAGUGCCUGGCAAGAAGAGGAGAACUUUCCAGCUAGAGGGGUCCACUGAGAGAUUGGCUCUUUCCAAAAAAUCUCUCUUUACUUUAUCAGAAUUAGAUGACGAAGCAUUGGAUUUUGAUUGGGAUGAAGAAAUGAGAAAAAAACCAUAA